AUGGACGACCCGGACUGGGCCUGGCCCGCCUGGAAGUUCGGCAUGAAGAGGGACGACUUGUUUUCCACCCUUCACGAACGCUACAACACAUUCUCUUACGCCAUCCAAGACCCCGAAGCCUUUCACCACGACGUCUACGAACUCUCCCGCCAUGCCGACACGUCGGAGCAGUUCCACCGCUUGAUGGCCGACCGACAGCAGCUGCGUCUCCGUGAGCUCAACGAGUCUCUGGAGACGCUGGCCGUCGAGAUCAUCGCCAACCCCAAGCUCAUGGGCUCCGAACAGUGGCAGCACGCCAUACAGAUGUUCCGCACCAAGUCGUACGACUCCAUCGUCCGGUACUUUGCCAGCUACCUCCCCGACGACUACCUCAACGACACUCGUUCCGCCUCCUCCCAUUCCUCCUUCUCCGAGGCCGACAGCGUGAGCACGGUGAGCACAAAGGCCAGCAGCGCCCACGAUGCCACCUGCUCCCACUUCCUCGACGACUUUUUCCCCAUGACGGCCGAGCCGUCCUCGCUCGACGACGACGUCGGCCACGACGCGGGCCUCGACGGUCCCCUGUCGCCCCCCGACUCCGAGGCCAUGGGCUCGGAGCAGGCCGCCGAGUCGCCCUCGGACGCUGGAUAUCACACUUAUUCUGCCCCGAGCCCGCCCUCGAGGUCCAUGUCAUUCUCGGGCUCCGACUCGGGCCACUCGAGCUCGGAAUUUCUGCGUCGCCUCGCUCUCCGUCACUGUGACGAGUCGCCAUCGGACUGCGACACGAUGGUGACGUCGGUCUGCGAUUCUACCGAGACGCGAUCUGCCUGCGACUGUGUCGAGGGCGCCGUCGAUGACAAGCCUCACCAUCCGUCCCACCUCGACGAGGAGGAAGAGGACGACGACGACUUCCCCCCAGCCCAAUAUCCCGACGACCAUUUCGAUUUCCCCGACGUUUGUGCCAUCGGUGUUCCCAAUGAUACCCUAGAAUCUGAUACCCCAACACCGCGACAAGGACCGAUGGCAAACUCAUACCUCGAGCACAAAUCGAUGGCGAGCAGGAGCCUGCCCUCGCCCCACCGACAUUCACGUUCACCCUCACCGAGAUCAUAUUUGAUGAGACGGGCCAAUGGCCUGGCGCGGGAGUGUUCCCUGCACGCUAAUGUCAUGCUGAAGCCGCAGUCGACGUCGUGA